AGUUAAUUUCAUAGUUAAAGUAUGAGUAUUUUUUUAUACCACAUAUCAUAAACACCUACACUUUUGUACCAAUGGAUGGACGGUGCGUUUAUUUAUUUUUAUCCAUUUUCAUCAUAAAUUUAUUGUCUGUAACAAAUUGCAAAAAAUUAUACAUUAAAGAUUCUUUUAAGGUUAAACCAUUUGAUGAUCGCCUCCAGUCAAAAAAACUAGAAAAAAUUGUUGUAGAUGUAUUGACUUCGAGGUAUAAUAAACGGAAGAUGAUCGAUGUACCUAGACCUUUUCAUAAAUUGUAUAUGUCAUGGAGAGGAAUAAGAACUUUUUUUGCUGAAAAAAUGUUAUAUAUUUUUUGCCCAACGCUAUUAAAUGAGUUGAAAGCUGUAAGAGCACUUAAAGAAAUGGUUUCUAGUAAUAAAAGAAUUCAAAAGCAAUUAAAUCUUACUCUUCCGUUCAAAAAAUCAAAAUCGUCAAAAUCAAAUAUAAAAAUUAAAAAAGGCAAAAAGGAUAGUGCUAGUGAUGAAGAAAGCUACGAAGAAAGUGACGAAGAAAGCGAUGAAAAAAACGAUGAAGAUAGCGAUGAAGAAAGCAGUGAAGAUAGCGAUGAAAAGGAUAAAAAGAAAAAGAAAAAACCUGUUAAAAAAGGGGAAAAAAGUAAAACUAAAGAUGACGAUGAUGACAAUGAUGAUAGUGAUAGUUAUAGUGACGAAGACAGUAGCGAAGAAAAAGGAAAAAAGAAGAAAAGAAAAAAGAAUCUAGAUGAUUUAUUUGAGUAAUUAAAAUCAAAAAAAUAAAAAAAAUUAUUUAAGAUAUAAGAGUAGGAAUUUAAAAGUAUAAACAGAUGUAAGAUUAUAAUAAAUUAUGUUACUAUAAAUCUCACGAAAAUCUAAUAAAUCUGUUUUCAACAGUCACUAAAAUUAAAAAAUACUUUUUUUUAGUUUAGAUCAAUUUCAUUAAUCGUUGAAAAUAUUAACAAAUACUCACGUAAAAUAUGUAUAGUAGAACGGAGAUUCUCAGAUGAUAAUACGUCAAUACUAACAGAUAUAAUAACUAUAAGUAUCUACGAAACGACAGAGUUCAAACACUUCAAACAAAGUUCAACUUGCUAUAGGUUAGGAACGUCAUUUGGUGGGAAUUUCAAGAGGAAUGUUUGAUAACUACCAGAAAUAUCAAAAAAUUCAUGGUAAUUAAUUACUUUUACUGAUAAUUAUGUAUAAAAAUAAUCAAACUAAUUUCAACAUACGCAAUAAAACAACAUUUAACAAAAAUAAAGUUAUAACUCCUUGUUAUGUGAACAAAAUUAAAAUAAAAGAUAUUAAAUA